AGAGUCAAAAUUUAUUUCACACCGAUUUGUUAGAAACAACUCGAUAUGGUUGUAAUAAUUCUUUUAUUUGCAACAAUUAACAUUGUUGUUGCUACAGAACCCUUUUAUUGGAGAUUGUACAAUGGUACAAUACCAAAUGAUGCUGUAUCAUCAGAAGUCUCCAAUUUAUUUGUAAGUCGAGUAGGUAGAUGUGUUGACAGGAAUAGCGUCACGUUUUAUCCAGCUACCCUUGAUUCCAUAACAAAAAGUGCUACCGCUAACAUCAUGGGUAAAAAAAGAAUUAUUACCGAUAUAAAUAAUAUUAUGAUUUUGUGCACAUCGGAACCUGAACGUCUCCGAUGGGAAUAUGUUAACAUUCAAGCCGUGAAAGGAGACUUAUUAAAGAAACUAGUCCCGGCUGGGUAUUUAGAUAACAUUGAACGGUAUGUGGGGAAAGUUUUUCACGAAAAUAGUUGGAAAAUCACCACAUUAUACCAACAUGGGCAUAAAUGGGAAGGUUUAAAUAUUUGGAAAGAUAACGGGGAUACAACGAGUGUGUACGAUUUUCAAAUAUUAAUAUGGAGUUAAAACGGAAAAUGACUUAUACAUAUACAUAGUAUGUGUAUAUAUGUAAUAUAAUAGCUAUAUAUAAAAAAUAUUGUAAGAAAUAUCUCGUA